GGGAAUUUCGUUUCUGGGGGCGCAUUUCUUUUCAGCUGAUCCCUUAGCACCCUCGCUCAUCAUGUCCUCGUCGCCAACUGCUACCCCUUUGAUCUCACCCUCUUCUCCCUGGCUGUCGUGUUGAUGUCGCAUACUACUCUUGAAUCCUACCACAUGUCCCACGAACUUCCUUAGGACCUUCUGUCCACACCUCACAAUGGUGACCCAUCCCGCCCAUGUCGUAGCCUCCUCGAAGCGCACAUCCAUCGAGUCCGCCGGUGAAUCUGAGACUUCCCUGACACGCCACUCCCGAGAACAUGGCCACCGCGGGCGUCGCGAGGAGGACUUGGAGGCUCAGAACUCGUUCAUCGUUGAGAAUCAUCCGCAACAUAUCCGGAUCCGGGACAAUGCGGAACACCAUCACCACGAUGCAGACGGGGCACCACCGAACCUUCAUCGCAGUGAAACCGGGGUCUCCAAAUACUCGACAAGGUCUCUGCGGAGGAGGGGUCGAGCAGAGACCGCCAAUGUCAUGUAUGGGGCGGGCGACAUGGGCAGAACAACAGGCUGGACUCCGGGGCAAGAGCCAGGAAUUGACACAAGUGACCCGGCUCCUCCCUACAGUCUGGGUGCCACCACGCCCGCUGAUGCUGCGCAUCUGGAAAGAUUGAAUCAACGGUGUGAGAUUACGGUGGUGGACUUCAGCAACGAGACGGUGUCCACCACAGACCUGGACAACGACAACCUCGAAGAAUUUCUCCAAGAAGGUCCCCCAGAAUGGGCUGAUGUUCGGUGGAUCAACGUCAAUGGCCUUUCUUGGGACGUGAUUCGGGUACUGGGCAACCACAAACACCUCCAUCGGCUUGCCAUUGAGGAUUUAUUCAACACCAAGAAUCGCACAAAGGUCGACUGGUACAGUGACCAUACCUACAUGAUCCUUCCCUUGCAGAAGCUCAUCAACAUAGAGGAGAAUGAAUCCGAUUAUGAUUCUGACACCGACGAUAAAGACGACUCGAAAUCUGACGACGCCGAGUCCGAGUUUCGGAGCAGGAUCACUACAGAACGCCAGCGAAGACAACGGCAACGGAAACGGAAAGGUGCUAUCCGGUCUUUGAUUGAGGAUUUACAGAAACCGCUUCAGAAGAAGAACAAGAGGAAACAGACCGCUGGACCUCCAGAUAUCGUAGGUAACGGACUCCAGCCCUCGAACAGCUUCAGACACUCGAGCAAGGUGGAAACGCCAUGGGCGCCCAGGACCAUCCGCACUAUGCAACGAUAUCACGCCGGCCCAAAUCAAGACCGCAUCGAGUACAUGGAGCGCCACGCUGUGCUUGCUCACAAGGGUUAUGGUGUCUCUAUGGAACAAGUCUCUAUUUUCCUCUGUGCGGACAACACUGUCAUCUCCUUUUUCGAGUACUCGGCGCACGAUGUGCAGACACCCAUCAUCCGCCGAUUGCAGUCCCCUGGCACAAUUCUCCGUCAGUGCUCGGACGCCAGCAUGCUUUGUCAGGCGAUCCUUGAUGCAAUCAUCGACCUUGCUCUCCCCGUGACAACGGCAUAUCAAGAUGCAAUAGGGGAUUUAGAACUCGACGUUCUCACCGACCCGGACAUCCAUCAAUCAUCCACUUUGUACAUCUUGACCUCUGAAAUCGCCAUCCUCCGCAACGCUAUCGCUCCGGUGGUUCAGCUCAUCGGGGCACUCAAGGACCACAAGACCAGCGCCCAGCCCGCGACGACAAACCAUUCGCGCAUCGCCAGCCCGGCUGUGCUCGACCAACAGAACAACGACCCCAUGAACAAGGCCCCGCUCUAUCAGGCCCAGACCAACAACCUCCGAAAGCACUACAGUGCUCCACCGUUAGUGAGCGGCGUCGAGAUCUCCCCGCUCACAGUCACCUACCUCGGAGACGUGGAAGACCAUGCACUCCUCAUCCAGGACGGCUAUGACCAGAUGCGCCGCAACGCCGACAAUCUCGUCGACCUGAUCUUCAACACCGUGUCCGCGUAUCAAAACGAGUCGAUGAAGCAACUCACCAUCGUGACCUGCUUUUUCCUCCCGCUGACCUUUUUGACCGGCUAUUUCGGCCAGAACUUUGUGCAUUUCCCCGGCGUGAAUAAGCACAGCGACGCCUUCUUCUGGGUCAUUGCGACGCCCGUGUCGGUGGUGGUGUUCUUGCUGCUGAUGAGGGACGUCAUGAUCCGCUGGCUCGCCCGCUGGGCGAACAAGGCGUUGAUCGCGAGAGGGAGAAAGCGGCGGUUGGCGCAGAGUGGACAGGAGCGUUGACCGAUCGGUCUGUCUGCCUAGCCGCCGGGGAUCUAUGGGAUGAGGUAGAAUUAGAUGGGGGGUGGGUUUGGGAUUUUCUUUCGAGCAAGCGUUGGACACUGCGUUGCACAGUUGUCCAUGUAUCAUCUUGGAUUUCUCUCCCGUUCCUAGCUAGCUCUGUGUUUUGUAGUUUCCUUUCUCGUGAAUCAGUCACGUCACGCGUACAUACCCCGUCUCUCUGUAUACGAAGAGUACCUUUUCUGCCCAAAUGGUCUCCUGGACUACAUAUGUGCGGUACAUAUGUCCAGGACACAUAGAUCUUGCAGAGCCGGAUGGGCAUUGCGCGUGUCCUCUUCACCACCGCAACAGAUAUCGUUCGAGACAGAGUGAGUGAUUUGUAGAGCUAGGUAUUGUUUCAGCCCCG